AUGCUGACCCUGCACAUCCACGACAGGUUCCCCCUGUCUCAUCUCAACGUCACAAAAACCCUUGUACUGUUGAGCCCAAGCGCUCUUGGUGGAAAGUCAGAAGCCUUAAGUAACUUCUUGCUGUAUGCCGGUUGUUUGUGUUGGCUUCUGGCAAUCGCAGUCGCUCUCAUCAACGGAUUCUGCAAGCGCCCGCCUGGGCGACCUCGGUUCUAUGGCUCGCGCAUGCCUUUGGAGGAAUUUGAUAGCAAUACCGACAGCGAUGUUGCCUAG